UUACAACCAGUGGAUUGGCCAACUCUCUCUCUCUCUCUCUCUCUCUCUAUGUGCGUGUGUAUAUAUAUAUAUAUUUGUUUCUUGCCUAUCCAUUUCAUUGAUUUAAAAAGGAGUGGAACAACCAAGAAAGAGAAAACAAGAGAGUGACCUUUGGGGAGAGAAAAGAUUGAACACAUCCUCUGUUCCUAUUAUGUACAUGUACAUGUACAUGCUCCUUCUUUAGAUCUUAGUUUCUUCCAUUUUUCCACCUAGGAUUCACCGUAAAUGCUGAAUUUUUUCGUCUCUCUCUCUCUCUCUCUCUCUCUCUCUCUCUCUCUCUCUCAUCUUCGUCAAUUUCUUUUGGGUUUCUGAUCCACUUGAAUUGUGCUUUCUCAGCAAUGUCUGAGCGAGAUUCGAUUGGUGCAUGAACGAUCCGAUGUUCCUGGAUUGAAUUCGACUAUACACACCUCGUGUUUGAUCGGAAUCUUCACUCAAUUCUUCCUGAUUUUCGGAUAAGAUCAUAUAUAAUGCAGAAAGGUUUUGCUUGCCAAGUAAAUUAUAGAAAGAAUUGGGCUUUUCCCCCCCUUCUUUUUUGUGUUAAAUUUGGAGCACUUUUAGUUGGUUUAAUUGUGAGUUUGGGAAUAUUGAUAAAUGGGAUUGUAGAGAAGAUGGAAUCAGAUCUCUGUAAGCUGUUCAUAGGUGGGAUUUCCUGGGACACGGAUGAAAAUCGCCUAAAAGAAUAUUUUGGGUCAUAUGGUGAAGUGGUAGAGGCAGUGAUAAUGAGAGAUCGUGCCACAGGUCGUGCUCGUGGCUUUGGCUUUAUAGUCUUCACCAAUCCUGCUGCUGCUGAAAGAGUGGUUAUGGAGAAGCACAUGAUUGAUGGUAGAACAGUUGAAGCAAAGAAGGCUGUCCCAAGGGAUGAUCAGCAUAUUAUAAACAGAAACAAUAGCAGCAUUCAAGGAUCGCCAGGUCCUGGGCGUACAAAAAAGAUUUUUGUAGGAGGUUUAGCAUCUACAGUCACUGAGAGUGACUUUAAGAAGUACUUUGAUCAGUUUGGUAUGAUCAUUGAUGUAGUGGUGAUGUAUGAUCACAGCACCCAAAGGCCAAGAGGCUUUGGAUUCAUUACUUAUGAUUCGGAGGAUGCAGUGGAUAGGGUGUUGCAUAAAACCUUUCAUGAACUUAACAGUAAAAUGGUUGAGGUUAAGCGGGCAGUUCCCAAAGAGCUGUCCCCAGGGCCCAACCGAAGCCCUCUAAUGGGAUAUAACUAUGGUUUCAGUAGGGCCAACAGCUUCGUUAACAGCUAUCCUCAGGGGUAUAAUCCAAGUUCUAUUGGAGGCCAUGGAGUUAGGAUUGAUGACAGAUAUAACCCAGUUGGUAGUAGUCGUAGUGCGUUCUCUCCAUUUGGUCCUCUUGGUUAUGGAAUGGGUGUGAAUUUGGACCCAGGGUUGAGCCUGAGCGUUGGAGGGGGCUCCAACUUCAGUAAUAAUCUUGGAUAUGGACCGGUUUUGAGUCCUUAUUAUACUGACAAUUCAAAUGGAUAUAAUAGUACUCCUACUGGAUAUGGUGGGGCAAAUGUUCGAAAUGAUUCUAUUUUAAGCCCAUCGACUCGAAAUGUCUGGGGAAAUAGUGGCAUUAGUAAUAAUGCUGCAAAUGCUGGUAGCCAUAGUACAUACUUGGGCUCUAGAGGUGGCAGUUUUGGAGUCUUUGGAAAUAGCGGAGCAAAUUGGGGUUCUCCUUUGUCUCUUCAAGGUGGUGGUAGUGGAGUCAUUGGGUAUUCUGUAGGACAAAACUAUGGAUCGAGGGUUGGGGGAUUUGGGAGAAACAGUGGCACAAGUAUGUCUGCAACAUCAUUGUUUACUGCUUCAAAUGGUGGUUAUGAGGGGUCCUAUGGAGACUUGUAUCGGAGUGGUUCAGCAUAUGCUGAUCCAAAUUGGCAUUCUGCAUCUUCUGAGAUGGGAGACGGUUUUGGUUCAUUUGGUUAUAGGCUUGGUAAUGCAACAGAUGUAACAGCUGAAGGUUCUGAGGGUUAUAUUGGAAGUCAUAGCAUUGCAAAUAGUCAAGCUAACAGAGGAAUUGCUGCAUAGAAGACUUUGUUGUUCACAUAUCAGAAGGUAACAGUAGGUGAAGAGAUUGCAGAGAAACAUGUGAAAAGACUGAAAACUUUCAUACAUAUACUCUCAUAAAUUAAGAUUAUAAGGAAAUCAGUCAUACAAAACCUAGCUGACAAUGGUUCUUGAUUUGAAGUAUACUCAUUCACAUCACACAGUGCAAUUUACAAAGGAUUUUGUGAAGGUUUGAUAUUUUAUUUUUUUUAUAACUUGGGUUCCUUUCUUGGCAUUUAAUUUAGAUGAAUGAGUUGUGACUCUCUUCUUCAAGAUGGUAUCACUCUUAGUAAUACAUAAAAUUAAAAAAAAAAUAAAAAUAGAGCAUUAAUUCUUUUGAUA